AUGUCGUGCGAAGACGAAGCAAGACACGGAGCCGUUCAGCCGUUCAAUUGGCCCGCUGCCAAGCCAAGACCCACCUCCAGCCCGCCCGGCCGCCGGGAGCCAAGUGGAAAUCCCGUGACUUUUCUUGUCGACUUGACAACCGUCCUUCCUCCAAUAUCCCAUAUCCCGUAUCUCCCAUCCCGCAUCCGUCCCCAGCGAGCUCCCUUCGCCGACGAGCGGAGCGUCGGAAUGGACUACCAGAAUCGUGCUGGCUCGAAAUUCGGCGGCGGCGGCGUCGCCUCCCACUCCGCCACCAACGCCGACCGCCGCGAGCGCCUGCGCAAGCUGGCCCUCGAGACAAUCGACCUCGACAAGGACCCCUACUUCUUCAAGAACCACGUCGGCUCCUUCGAGUGCCGGCUCUGCCUGACGGUGCACCAAAACGACGGCUCGUAUCUCGCGCACACGCAGGGCAAGAAGCACCAGACCAACCUCGCGCGCCGCGCCGCCCGCGAGCAAAAGGAGGGCAAGGCAAACAUCGACCCGGCCACGGGCCUGCCCUCGAGCGUCGCCGCCUCCUUCGCCGGCGGGCCCCGCCGCAACGCCGUCAAGAUUGGCCGUCCGGGCUACAAGAUCACAAAGAUCCGGGACCCCGUCACCAGGCAGCAGGGCCUGCUGUUCCAGCUGCAGUACCCCGAGGCCGCCGCCGACAUGAGCCCCAAGUGGCAGGUCAUGAACGCCUUUGCCCAGCGCGUCGAGGAGCCCGACAAGACCUUCCAGUACCUCCUCGUGGCCGCCGAGCCCUACGAGACGGUCGGCUUCAAGAUCCCCGCGAGGGAGCUGGACAAGAGAGAGGGUCGGGGCUUCUGCUUCUGGGAUCCCGACGCCAAGGAGUUCUGGAUACAGGUCAUGUUCAUGACGGAGCGGGAGGAGAGGUUCAAUGCCGCCCCCGGGCUGGCUGCUAGGAGAUGA